GUAUUUUUCACGUUGUUGUGGUUUGUAAAAAUUGUAAACAAAUAUUUCAAUUUUCCAUUAAAAUUCUGAAAGCUCCUGGCUUUAUUCAGACGUGAUUUAUACAUAAAUCUUUCUUGAUUUAUGUCUAUAUCCACUUGAGAAAAGUUCUGAUUGCUGAAAGGAGAAUAAUGGAGGCCAAACCUCAAAAAAUGCCAAAAGUGGCAAAAGUUAAAAAUAAAGCCCCUGCCGAAAUACAAAUAACAGCAGAGCAGUUGCUACGUGAAGCCAAAGAGAGAGAUUUAGAGAUUCUACCACCUCCACCAAAGCAAAAAAUUUCUGAUCCAGCUGAGCUAGCAGAUUAUCAGCUACGUAGGAGAAAACAAUUUGAAGACAAUAUCAGGAAAAACCGAGCCUUUGUAUCAAAUUGGAUAAAAUAUGCUCAGUGGGAAGAAUCUCAAAAGGAAAUACAGAGAGCUAGAUCAGUUUGGGAAAGAGCUCUGGAUGUGGACCAUAGGAAUAUCACAAUAUGGCUGAAGUACACAGAAAUGGAAAUGAGAAACAGACAAGUCAACCAUGCCAGAAACCUGUGGGACAGAGCUGUAACAAUCUUACCCAGGGUGAAUCAGUUUUGGUACAAGUAUACCUACAUGGAAGAAAUGUUGGAAAACAUCCCAGGUGCAAGAGCUGUGUUUGAACGUUGGAUGGAAUGGCAACCAGAUGAACAAGCUUGGCAGACCUACAUUAACUUUGAAUUGAGAUUCAAAGAAAUUGACAGAGCCAGGCAGAUAUAUGAGAAAUUUGUUAUCACUCAUCCUGAAGUAAAACACUGGAUCAAAUAUGCAAAAUUUGAGGAAAACCAUGGUUUUAUUCACUCAGCACGCCAAAUAUUUGAGAGAGCAGUACAAUUUUUUGGUGAUGAUCAUUUGGAUGAAAAAUUGUAUAUUGCUUUUGCUAGAUUUGAGGAAAACCAAAAGGAGCAUGAUAGAUCUAGAGUGAUUUAUAAGUAUGCUCUUGAUCACAUACCAAAAGACCAAACCAGAGAACUAUACAAAGCAUAUACCAUCCAUGAAAAAAAAUUUGGUGAUAGGAGUGGUAUUGAAGAAGUAAUAGUUUCAAAACGCAAAUUCCAAUAUGAACAAGAGAUUCAACAAAAUCCCAUCAACUAUGAUGCUUGGUUUGAUUAUCUUAGGCUAGUAGAAGGUGAGGGGGAUAUGGAUAUUACUAGAGAAACAUAUGAGCGUGCUAUUGCUAAUAUUCCUCCUUCUAAGCAAAAGCAGUACUGGAGACGGUACAUAUACCUGUGGAUAAACUAUGCCAUAUUUGAAGAACUUGAAUCUAAAGACUAUGAACGCACUAGGCAGGUAUACAGAGCAUGCUUAGAACUCCUUCCACACAAAAUAUUCACCUUCUCAAAGAUAUGGCUUUUCUUUGCUCAGUUUGAAAUUCGACAAAAGAAUCUAACUACAGCUAGAAAAAUACUAGGAAUGUCUAUUGGAAUGUGUCCUAGGGACAAGCUUUUCAGAGGGUAUAUUGAGCUAGAAAUACAGCUAAGAGAAUUUGAUCGCUGCCGUAAACUUUAUGAAAAAUUCCUAGAGUUUGGGCCUGAGAACUGUGUUACUUGGAUGAAAUUUGCAGAACUGGAAACAUUGCUAGGAGAUAUAGAGCGUGCUAGAGCCAUUUAUGAACUAGCAAUCAAUCAGCCUAGAUUAGACAUGCCUGAGCUGUUGUGGAAAGCCUACAUAGAUUUUGAAAUUGCACAAGAUGAAACUGAAAAUGCAAGACAAAUUUAUGAAAGGUUGCUGGAUAGGACAUCCCAUGUAAAAGUGUGGCUUUCAUAUGCAAAAUUUGAGUUGAACAAUCAAACUGAGGAUGAACUGAAUGUUAUAUUAGCAAGGAGGGUCUUUGAAAAGGCUAAUGAAGCACUGAAAUCUUCCUUUGAAAAAGAAGCAAGGGUAUUACUUCUGGAAAACUGGAGGGAGUUUGAGAACACCCAUGGAGAUGAUUCCAGUAAAGAGAAUAUCAACACAAAGAUGCCAAGGCGCAUCAAAAAGAGGCAGAAAGUCAUUGAUGAAGAUGGCAUUGAACAAGGGUGGGAAGAAGUGUUUGAUUAUAUCUUCCCUGAGGAUGAGGCAAGUCGCCCGAAUUUGAAACUACUUGCAGCUGCAAAGAACUGGAAGAAAAAAGCAGUAGAUGACACUGAGAAUUCAGAUAAAGAGAUGGGUACCACCUGAGACAAUAGAAUCUGUGAAAUCAAGUGAAUCUUUGAAAAGUGAAAUGUUGAAUUUCAGAGCUCAUUUCAAACUUAUCAUCAUUGCCGCCAUUUGGUGAUAUGUGGAAUAAAUGAUAAUAUCAGUUUUUAUGUUGUUUCUUUAUUGGUCAGAUAAU